AUGGGAUCUAUGAUGGUCCAAUUCGCGCAGCCUGACGCGGUCAUCGGCACGGUGACGCUCACCGCCGACGACCUCCGGAAGCUAAAGGAGAUGGUUUCCUCCAAAGUGAACAACUCCGCUUUCCGCUGCUCCAACAUCGUAGCGAUCUACGCUUACGCGUGGGUUUCCCUCGUCAAAGCGCGAGGGCACAACGCGGACACAAUUGUGCACAUGGUGUUCCCCGGAAACUGCAGGGAGCGGAUUCAGCCGCCGCUGCCGGCGGAGUACUUCGGCAACUGCAUCGGCGGCAACUUCGCCCAUGCGAAGGCCAUCGACCUCGCGGGAGAAGAUGGGGUGGCGGCGGCUGCUCGACUCAUCGGGGAAGCCAUCGAACAGUUUAAGGAGGACCCGCUGAUGGACGCAGACAAGUGGCAUGAGAAUUACCAGGCGAUCGCGCUGCAGAGGCCGCUGAGAGUUGCGGGGUCACCGGGUUUCAAGGUUUACGAGGUGGAUUUCGGGUGGGGAAGGCCGGUGAAGGUGGACAUGCCGUCGAUAAUGCGGGCAGGAGCCAUUUCGGUGUCGGAGAGCAGAGAUAAGAGCGGUGGAGUCGAGAUCGGUCUGGUGUCGCCUAAGACUGAGAUGAAUGAGUUUCAGGCUCACUUCUCGAAUGGUCUUAAACUGCUGCUGCAGUGA